GGGUGGGCGCGGCGCAUGCCGGGAAGAGCGGCGCGCUCCGCCAAUCGGCGCCCGCGGCUGUGGUCGCUCCGCCAAUCGCGACCCGCGGCUGGGGCCGCUCCGCCAAUCGGCACCCGCGGCUGGGGCCGCUCCGCCAAUCGCGGCCCGCGGCUGGGGCUGCUCCUCCAAUCGGCGCGGCGGGCGCGGGGCACGCCGGGAGGUGCUGCGGCCGCGGGCAGGCCGCGCCCAUGGCGGACCCGGACAGCGCCGAGGGCGGCGGGGCCGGGACGGGCCCGGGGGGCGGGGCUCCCUCUCCUUCGGCCCCCGUCGGUGACCCCCCCACUGUCCCCGCAGUUCCCGGUGCCCACGAGGAGGAGGCGGAGCAGGACGCUGAGCCUCCGGCCUCGGACCCCGAGCCGGGCGCUUCGGCCGACGCUGACAGUGGUGGAGCUGCUGCGGACGCUCCUGUCCCGGACCUUGGGGCUCGGCGGGGACAAACCGGAGCCGGUGCUGGACGAGCUGAGCCUGCAGGGCGUGAGCCGCUUCCUGAAGAGCGACCGCUGUAAGAACGUCGUGUGCAUGGUGGGCGCUGGCAUUUCCACCUCCGCCGGGAUCCCGGAUUUCCGCUCCCCCGGCACCGGGCUGUACUCCAACCUGCAGAGCUACAACCUCCCCUAUCCCGAGGCCAUCUUCGAGAUCGGUUUCUUCAAGAAACACCCAGAGCCCUUUUUCGCCCUCGCCCGUGAGCUCUACCCAGGGCAGUUCAAGCCCACAGUGUGUCACUACUUCAUGCGGCUGCUGCAGGACAAAGGGCUCUUGCUGCGCUGCUACACCCAGAACAUCGACACUCUGGAGAGGGUGGCGGGGCUGGACCCGGAGCUGCUGGUGGAGGCUCACGGCACCUUCUUCACGUCCCACUGCCUGCGGCCCUCGUGCCGCCAGCCCUACGGCCUGGCCUGGAUGAGGGAGCGGAUUUUUUCCUCCCUCGUUCCAAAAUGUGAGAAAUGCCAGGGGCUGGUGAAACCUGACAUUGUGUUUUUUGGGGAGAACCUCCCCUCACGCUUCUUCGCCCUCCUGGAGUCGGACUUUAAAAAAGUCGACUUGCUGCUCAUCAUGGGCACCUCGCUGCAGGUGCAGCCCUUCGCCUCCCUCAUCAGCAGGGUCCCCACUAACACCCCAAGACUCCUGAUCAACAAGGAGAAGACAGGGCAGAGUGAUCCCCUGAUGUCCCUGAUGGGCUUUGGCGGGAUGGACUUUGACUCAGACAAGGCCUACAGGGACGUGGCCUGGCUGGGGGACUGUGACAGCGGGUGCCUGGCUCUGGCUGAACUGUUAGGCUGGAAGGAGGACCUCGAGGAGCUGGUGCGGAGGGAACACGCGGCCAUUGACGCCAAGGGGGAGGACAAGGACGGGGCGGACCCCCAAAAGCACUGGGGGGACAAGGAUGAGGGGGACCCCAAAAAGAGCCUGGGGGACAAGGUGAAGACUCAAAGGGAUCCCGAAAAGAGCCUGGGGAACAAGGAAAAAGCUCAAAGUGACCCCAAGAAGAGCCUGGGGGAGAAGGCCAAGGCUCAAAAUGACCCUGAAAAGCCCUGGGAGGGCAGCAAGGACCCUCCCCAUAGCAUGGGGGGGGCAACCCAAAAUUAAAUGGUAACAGAGGA